AUGGCAGUGCGACAGAUGCAGAAAACAACAUUGAAAUCUACUAUGCCAGGAUUUUUGACGGAGUUAAUGAACAGACGCUAUAAAGGAAUAGAAAGCUCAGAAUUAAAGUUUUCUCUGAAGUACAGUGAUCUCAAUGUUUCAAAGAAACCCGAAACCUCUGUAUGGACCACACAAAUAAAACAGGCGCCAGAAGUUGGAUCCCCAAGAGAAAUGGUCGACACAGCAUCAGCUCUGGAUCUAUUCCUGAACUGGAUAGUGUCCACACCAGAUUUACCAAACUUUGACUACGCAAUUUUGUUUUCUGGAUACAAUCUAACUUAUGGAGGUUCAGCUUCAAAUACAGGCCUGUCUUAUCCUUCAUCAGUUUGUCAAAAUAUAUCGCUGAUGGCCACAACUAUGGGAGGACCUGUAGCUGUAGUGGAGGAAUCAUUUUCUGAUAUAAGAUCAAUUGGCAUUGCAGCACAAGAACUUGGAAGAAGUCUUGGUGCCAGAAAAGAUUUCGAUGGUAACAACUGUUUUCCAUUCAACCUGAACAUUAUGACUUCAAAAUUUACUUUUCCGAGUAAAAAUAAAGCUCCAAAUUUAUGGAAAUUUUCAUCAUGUUCCAUUGAAUACUUUGAGAAGUACAUCACAGAUCUUAUAAAUAUAACGACAGAAAAUUGUUUGUGGACAGCAGAGCCAUCAGAGUACAUUGGUAAUGUACCAGAAUUCUUACGUCAGAGGUCAGCUGACAUGGUAAACAUAGAUGACCAAUGUAGAACUGUUUAUGGUCCAGAAUCAUUCCUGUGUAGGGCUUUGCAAGGGUCUGAUCUUGGUUCAAUAUGUUAUGGGGCAUACUGUUAUGUACCACAGUCCCAGAUAUGUAGCUUGAUACUUCCUGGAGAUGGAACUCUGUGUAGUAACAAAUCUCUAUGCUUUGAAGCGAGAUGCAUUUUUGCUGAAAGAGCCAAUGAAACGCUUGAGGAUUGUCCUUUUGGAGAUCAGCCGUUUAUACCACCCAAUAAUGAUAUAUGUAAGGAAAGGAUAUCCGUUCGCGGGUUUGACUGUUAUCAGCCACAGAUCAGAACCACUUGCUGUCAAUCCUGUGCUGAACAGUACACUGGUAUUGGAGGAUGCGAAUAUGGUGAUAGAUGGUCAUUGUGUAAUGCCAGCCUGUGUGCUACCUACGAUAAUUAUACACGAGAUGUACGCUGUUGUCGUAAAUGUAGUAUAAAACCAUACUCGAAAUCUUCUAUUAUAACAUCGACUGCAACUGAACCUACAACAGAAAUGGAAAUGACUUCAGUAACUGAAGUUACUUUCGGAACACCAGAAUCCGAAAUGUUAACAGAACGAACCACAACAGAAAUUAUAAGGAUCUCCGAUAGUACUAAAGACAAUAAAAGGACAACAUUUAAUUUCGCAACUUCCGGUCAAACAUCAAGAUCAGUCAUACCACCAUUUGUAUCCACAGAUAUCCAAUCAUUUUCGGAUACACCAAUGUCUAGCAUACAGGAGUAUUCGACUGGUACUGAACUGGUUUCACAAAGAUCGAGCUCACAGAGGUAUACAACUGGUACUGAGUUUGAUUCAACAAUUUCAAGUACCAGAAUACAAAAGUAUUCAACUGGUACUGAAUAUCCUCUAACAAAGGCGAGCACAAAGAAAUAUUCAACUGGUACUAUGGAUUUGUCAGCAAGUGAUGUGGCGUCGUCUCCCACGAACGCCUUCACAGAAAUCAUAGUCACAUCGAGUACUGACAUCAGAAAAGACACAUCCAGAGUUACUUCAAUGAGCUCAACUCCCAUUUUUCCAAAAACGACGACCAAAAUCCAAGACACUACCAUAGUAACAACUAUUGUUUCUACUCCAACCAUCUUGACCUCAAUGGUAUACAGUACAACACCAAUGACUUCAACAACCAAUGCUGUGACAUCACCACCAACCUUCAGCACCUCGACACAGACUACUACUAGUAACACUCAUUGUUGGAUGUUAUGUACAGGAUUAAGUUGGCACUCAGGAUGGUGGAGACGUCCAUGGAGAACAGUUAAACGUAAGAAACCGUUUCGAUCUAGAUAUUGGAUGCAUUCAUCUUCUAAAUGGAGAAGACAUUCAGUAAAAAGAUUUAAGAAAUACAUGCGACGUUUUUCCAAGAGGAAAUAUAGAUAUGGUAUGAAGUUUUCUUAA